AUGACGGACGGUCUCCUCCUCCUCCUCCAGUCUACCUUUGAAGCGCAACCCAUUCUCCUUGCACCUGUUAUCGAAUUUAUCGAAUCUCGACGUCACACAGUCUCCGCCCACUCCUCCUCUCCGCGUGGUGGACACUUCAUUCACGUCGUCGGACCCAGGCGUGUCACGGAACUUUUGUUGUUGUCGACUUUCGAGGGAAUACCCGUUGCGUGUUCUUUGGAUAACCUUGAAAAGUUGCUGAUUUGGGUGGGAGGCGCGGUCUGGUCUAGUGGUAUGUGA